AUUUAUUUACGAUAGUUUGUUACAGAGUAAAACGUGUUAUUUGGGUAUAGGAUAUAUAAGUAAUUCAUAUCACAAGGAUUAAAAAUAUUAUGCGCCGAUUUUCGUAAACGCAUGCGCAAAGCCAAUGCAUACACAUGGAUAGAAUCUCGUAUUUUCUUGUGCACUUUAAAGCCUAAACACAACAUUCUUGAAAGGUGAAGACAGCAUUCAAGAUCGAAGAUGUCUGCUGAAAGUGGAACAAAGCCUCCCGAGGCCACGGAGACGAAACCUGUACUGACACCCACAACGAGCACUCCCUCCACUAUAGGCACUACGAGUCAGAGCUCUACCCUGUCAGUCACCACCCCAAAGACCAGCUCACAGCCUCUGAGACCAAAUUACACAUUAAAGUUUACGAUGGCUGGUCAUACAAAAGCUGUAUCCUCUGUGAAAUUUAGUCCCAAUGGAGAAUGGUUGGCAAGUUCUGCUGCAGACAAACUGAUUAAGAUAUGGGGAGCCCUAGAUGGGAAGUUUGAGAAGACGAUUGUAGGCCAUAAACUGGGAAUAUCAGAUGUCGCCUGGUCCUCGGACAGUAAGCUGUUAGCUAGUGCUUCAGAUGAUAAAACACUGAAAAUCUGGGAUUUUGCCACGGGCAAAUGUCUGAAGACCCUGAAAGGCCAUACCAACUACGUAUUCUGCUGUAACUUUAAUCCUCAGUCUAAUCUCAUCGUGUCGGGUUCUUUUGAUGAAAGUGUGAGGAUUUGGGAUGUGAAAACUGGAAAAUGUCUGAAGACCCUCCCAGCCCAUUCUGAUCCUGUCACAGCGGUUCAUUUCAACAGAGAUGGGUCAUUGAUAGUGUCCAGCAGUUAUGAUGGGCUCUGUCGAAUCUGGGAUACAGCUUCAGGGCAGUGUUUGAAGACAUUAAUAGAUGAUGACAAUCCACCAGUGUCCUUUGUUAAAUUCUCUCCCAAUGGAAAAUACAUAUUGGCAGCCACACUAGACAACACCUUGAAGUUGUGGGACUACAGCAAAGGAAAGUGCCUAAAGACCUACACAGGACAUAAGAAUGAGAAGUACUGUAUAUUUGCCAACUUCUCUGUAACAGGAGGAAAGUGGAUCGUUUCAGGAUCAGAAGAUAACCUGGUAUAUAUCUGGAAUCUUCAGACAAAAGAGGUUGUGCAGAAACUGCAGGGCCAUACAGGUAAGGCAAAUGAAUACAACUGUGUGCACAGUGGAUUCACAAAGCAAAAUUCCCAUCAGGGCUAUUCCAGUACUCUAGUUCUACUUCUAGAAGAAAAUCAAGAAAUUGUGAAAAUAGGGUAGGAUCAUCACAUGGGUAUGUUAAGGCAGGUCAUGUUUUUACUGGGGUAAAAUCCGCAAAACAAUGUGAUGUCAGAAUUGAAAUAAGUAUAUCAUUACAUAUACGUGUAUUUAAUUUUGGAAGUUUUACUCAUAGAAUAAACCAUGCAGCUACUAAGAUGGCAAGAUAUAGGAAAUGAUAUUCUGCUGUAGUGUAAUUUGUGUCCGAUCAAUAUGAAAGUAAACUGAUGAUGUCAUAAACUAUACAUCAAGUGAAGAUGACACAUGUAAAGAUAUGUUAACUUUGUCAUGUAAAUAUCAACAAAGUAUGGGAUAUUUAAGAUAUAUACCAUGGAAGAUAUAUUUGAAAUACUGAGAAUUUCUCCAUAUUGUGAAGGUAUGUUGAUAUCAUUCAAUGACAAUUUUGUUCUACGGAAAAAGAUUCCAUUUAGCAUGUCAGUCCAAUUUUCCUUUGUAUCAUGCUGAAAUAAAACUGCAAAAGUAUAACACUACGUUGCAUACUUUCUAGAGCCUUUUAUUUAUACGUCAGGUGAACGGUAAUGAAUUAACGUAUAUAGCAUGUUACAAUUUAUAUGUUAUAUGAAAAAAGUCUUUCGUCAGUUUAGACACUUUUGGAAGCAUUUAAGUUUUGAUUAAGAAUACAUGUACAUCUUGUUUUAUACUGUUGCUAAAAAUUAAAAUUUAGCUUAGAUGUGCAGAAGAGGAAUUUUCUUUCUAGAUUUCAUAGCUAGUGAUACUUUUAACUCAGGUGACUGAUAACGCCUCUUGUUUACGGGAAUAGGCCUUGGUGUAUUGAGUUUUUAAUUCAGUGUGUUUCAUCCUAGAUGUGGUAUUGUGCUGUGCCUGUCAUCCAUCAGAAAAUAUCAUUGCAUCGGCAGCUUUAGAAAAUGACAAAACUAUAAAACUAUGGAAAAGUGAUGUUUGAUGCUGAGAGAUUGUGAAAUGUUCAGAAGAGUUCCUUCUAUGGUGAGAUAACUCCGCGUAAAGCUCUGGAGACCAAUGAACAUGCAGCAUUCCACUCGGGUGAAGCAAGUGUUACUAUCAUCAUGAGAUGAACAUCUCUAGAGGAUUUUACCAAAACAGAAAUUAUUUUUAUAAUGAGAGAAGUUGCAGAAAGGAUUGCACUCGCGUGGCAAAACCGGAGUACAUCUGAUUUACUCCUUCAUUUUCCUCAUCUCAUUGCUGAAAUCAUCCAUUGAAAAAUGUCAUGUAAACUUUGUUUUAUCAUACAUGUAAUUACUUUUGCAAUUUUUUCUAUUUUGAUAGUUCUAGAGCAAUUUUAUUUUAUACAAGGAAUAUGCAGGAGAAUUUGUAAAUAGUAUACACUGUAUGUAAGUGGGGUGUUUUAUACUUCUAGCAGUGUUUGAACUGAAUUCUAGAAUGCAGACCUUUGUUCAGGUUAAAUGUUUUUGAAAUCAUAUUACUACAUGUUCAAUAAAACACAAAAGAAACAAA